AUCCUAUCUACCUGCCAAGUUGAGGGGAAACUUAAGGCUAAGACAACUUCAACGAACGUGGUUCCCCAUUAAGAACGUCACUCGACUCAUCAAUAGUCUUGAACUCUCUGUGUUGCUUCAUGAAAACCACCCCAGCCGAUUGAUAACAUAAUCACAAGAGGCUUAGCUUCUUACAUAACAACCAGAAGUACGUCUGAGAUGGUCCAACGCCUCUAUCGAGAGGCUGGGCUGCAUGCCUUUAUCGGGGCAAUAGAAGAGGAUGGAUGCGUUGUUAUCAAAGACUUUACGGACCAUGCGUCCCUUGACGCCGCACAUGAAGAAGUUCAGCCAUAUCUCAAUGCAUCGCUUGCGCAGUCUGGAAGCACUGUUGGGGCCUUGAACGGUGGAACUGCAACCUGUACAAGGCUUGUCGGUCGAAGCAAGACUGUGCGUGAAAAGUUCUUCUCGGACUCGUUAUAUCAGGAAAUUGCCGAUCACUUCAUCGGGCUCGAGACCGAAAUAUGGUACGGAGAUGAACCCAUAACCCACAAGUCCGACCCUCUCCUCUCCAUUUCCAUCACUAUGUCCUCACAGCCGGGAGCAAAAGCACAGAAACUGCAUCGCGACGAUAAGAACCAUCAUGCGAGGCACAUCAAGGCCAGUCACUACACAAAAGGCCGCGACAUGCUGCUCGGCCUAUUCGUUCCGGAAUGCGACACUUUCGAAGCGAACGGUGCGACCCGGAUCGUUCCUGGAUCGCAUCUGUGGGGUGAUCAAAAGCCCGACUUCGGCCCCGAUGGCCAAAGUGGUGUUCAAAAUGCGGAACUGAAAAGAGGCGAGGCAUUUGUUAUGUUGGGCAGUCUGUAUCAUGGUGCCGGACAGUAUUCUCUAGAGACGGGAUGUCGAACGGUGCAUAUUAUGUUCAUGUGUAGCGGCGUUUACCGUCAAGAGGAGAUUCCGUAUCUCAGCUACCCGAUCGAGGAUGUCAAGACCUAUUCGAAGCUCGUGCGUGACCGUCUGGGCUGGAAGCAGUCUGAGCCCAACUUGGGAUGGGUUGAUCUGAAAUCACCAGAGUACCUUCUAGAAUGAGUAUACAAUAAAGGGGGAAGUAAUAGUUGUGGCGGUUUGAGUCGUGGGUCCACUGACCUGUAUGGACCCGGGCUGGCUGCCAUAAUACUCAAACUCUAUCCUCAUUCACCCUCAAACAUCAAGGUAGCCACAAGCACAAGGGUUGAGCCCAGGUGGAAACUUCGAGAGCAGAUAUUCGAUGGUCUGUACGCGGUUAAGGUUAAUCAUGACCGCAAAUAAGAUGUCUGAAGUGAGCCGCUUCCCUAACCUUUCCCGCAAUUUCUACAAAGGUUC